AUUACUUUGCUUCAGAUGAAAAUAUUACUCGUAGGAUUAAAACUGGAUGGUUUGAAUGGAGAUGUUCUAUCGCGUGGCAGUGAAUGUUGGGCUGCUAUGAGUGUUGUGCGGAUGCUAAGAUGUGUGGUCAUAUCAGCUCCGAGCAAAUACAAGUUUCGGCAAUCAAAAGGUUUGGCUGCUAUAACAAUGGCGUUAUGGAUGGAGGCAGGUUCAGAACCUAAAACAGAGAAAGAAUUGGCUGAUCUUGAUGCUAUCUCCUCACUCAAAGAGUCUACCGCUUUUGAACUUAAGGAGUUAGGUAAUGAAUAUGUCAAGAAGGGCAAGGAGCAUUACUCGGAUGCUAUUGAUUGCUAUACAAGGGCAAUAAAUCAGAAUGCUUUAAGUGAUGCUGAGCAGUCAAUUCUCUGUUCAAACAGAGCUCAUGUCAAUCUUCUCUUGGGGAAUUAUAGACGUGCACUCCAGGAUGCAGAAGAUGCAAUCAAAUUAAAUCCAAGUAAUGUUAAGGCUCUUUAUCGAGCAGCAAAAGCAUCAGUUUUUCUGAAUCUUCUGGCUGAAGCAAAAGGGCUCUGCGAGAAAGGUCUUCAGCACUCGUCAUCUAAUGAAGAACUGAAGAAGCUUGCUAGGCACAUCGAUAUACAGAAAUCAGAAAUGGAACGUCGUGAUGCUGAAGUGUCUAAAGCAGUAUCUUCUGCUAAGACCAUUGUUUCUGCAUUUGAGACUAGAGGAUUGAAGAUUGCGAAGCCCAUGUAUCAAGAACUCACUGGACUAAGAAAACCAACAUUAGACAAAAAUAAUAUUCUUCAUUGGGCAGUUCUUCUUCUGUAUCCAGAGGUCAUGUCCAGUGACUUCAUAGAGGAGUUCUGUGAGACCGACAUGUUUUCAGCUCAUCUUGAUAUGAUGUUUUCAGAAGGUUGUCCACCUCUUCCUUGGGACAAAGAAAAUGCUUACACUCGUGAUGCUGUUGAGUUGUAUUAUGAGGCUUGUGCUGGUGUCUGUUUAUCCAAGCGGGAUAUUCUUCAGUAUCUGCUGGAAGGAACAGCUGCUUCUCAUGUGGAAGACUUUGGUGAUGAGGAGAGUGCUUCUGCUCAGAGUUCAACCAAGGGUAGCAUUUCACAAGAGGAUGGCCCUGGAUGGGUUAAAAUUAAUGAGAAGACAACACUUUAUAAUGUUCUAAAGGAACCGAGUUGUGUAGUUCCUGGGCUUCCUGUGUUUUGGGUUGUCUCGAGGAAUUCCAGCUUCUAUAAAGACUUCAAAUCUGGAAAUUGGUCUGCUCCAGAACUAGCAUGAAUUUGUCGUGGAGUUGCAAGUCCAUUAUGAGUUCCUAUUGUCUUGCAAGUACACUCAAUGUACGAUACACUCCGUUCCAUGUUUGAUAAUGCAACUGGGGUUCAUUCGAUAUAAGUUGAUUUUGUCCAUGUAGAGAGUGUUAGGGUUCUUGCUCAUAUUUUGUAGAUUACCAGCUGUGCAAAUCUCUCCAAGGUUUCAGCUUUUUGUGGAUGUAAAAUUAUGGGAAGUAAGGUAAUUAUGUUUACCUGUUAACAAAAUGAAGCAUGUUUUUGUCAUUUGUUAAAAGGAAAUUAUUGGGGAGAAGGUGAUCAUGUAGAAAACUUAAAAAGUGUUAUCUAAUGAUUUAUUUCGUUGCUCCUUGC